AUGGUAUACAUCAGGCAGGACAAGCUGCCGAAGCUGAAGGAGUACAAGUACUCGGGCGUUGAUCACAGCUUGGUGUCGCGCUACGUGCUCAAGCCGUUCUAUAACAAUGUGGUCAUCAACUGCUUCCCCAUGUCCAUGGCGCCGAACCUCAUUACCCUCACCGGCUUUGGUUUCGUCGUCGCCAACUUCUUGACCCUUCUUUGGUACACCCCUACGCUGGACGUCGACUGCCCGCCCUGGGUCUACUACAGCUGGGCGAUCGGCCUGUUCCUGUAUCAGACAUUCGAUGCUGUGGAUGGAUCACAAGCGCGCCGCACUCGUCAGAGUGGUCCGCUGGGCGAGCUCUUCGACCACGGUGUCGACGCUAUCAACACGUCUCUGGAAGUCCUGCUCUUUGCCGCUGCCAUGAACCUUGGACAGGGCUGGAAGACUGUCAUGACCCUCUUUGCCUCUUUGCUCACGUUCUACGUGCAAACAUGGGAUGAGUACCACACGCACACCCUAACCCUUGGGCUCAUUUCCGGUCCUGUUGAAGGCAUCCUCACUCUCUGCGUCGUGUACGCCCUUACCGGCUACCUUGGUGGCGGCAGCUUCUGGCAGCAGCCCAUGCUGCAGACCAUUGGUAUCUCGCGGCCAUCCUUCCUGCCCAACUGUCUGUACAACCUGGCCUGGAACGAGUGGUACAUGGUCUACGGCGGUAUCCUGCUCGUGUUCAACACGGUCACGUCCGCCAACAACGUCAUCGAAGCGCGUCGUCUCCGGGGCCAGAAGGCGCGCGGCGCGCUGCUCGGCCUGAUCCCCUUCUCCAUGGCCUGGAUCCUCAUCCCGGCGUACCUGUACCUGCAGCCCGUCAUCCUGACGCAGCACCUGGUGCCGUUUGUCUUCUACGUCGGCCUCAUCAACGCCUUCUCGGUCGGCCGCAUGAUCGUCGCGCACCUGACCAAGUCCGCCUUCCCGCGCACCAACAUCCUCGUCGCGCCGCUGGUCUUCGGCGUCGCGGACAGCCUGGGCCCGUUCCUCGCGGAGAGACUGCACGACAUCCACAUUGACGGGCUCGACCUCAGCAGCAUCCGCAAGGUCGGCUGGCCCUCGGCUCUGGGCGACGGCGUCUACCAGGUCGCGUUCAUGUUCAUGUGUCUGGGCCUUGCGAUCGGCGUGCAUGCUAGCUUUGUCUGGGACGUCAUCACCACGAUCUGCGACUACCUCGAUAUCUGGUGCUUGACGAUCAAGCACCCGUAUGUCGAGACGAAGCGCACCAAGGUUGAGGAGAAGGCCGGCGUGCCCUCGCCUGCGGAGAAGGAGGUUGUGGGCAAGGGCCGCAAGAAGAACUAA